CUUUCUCACCCCUACAUCAGAGCUAGCAAAGAGAUUUGGAAAUUAAAAAGUGAAUCGCAGAGUGUCCACCUUCCAGUCAAGACACCGGAAGCAAUCUUAUUUAUAUUAUAAAAAAAAUUAAAUUCAUUUGUGAAUUUUUAAUUGUUAUUCCUCCUUCAGCAAGACAACAAACUAAAAAAAUAUCAAAAUGACUACCUAUUUCAACUACCCAUCAAAGGAAUUGCAAGAUGAGUUAAGCCGCAUUGCCAAGGCUAUUGUUGCCCCCGGCAAAGGUAUUCUUGCUGCUGAUGAGUCCGUUUCCACCAUGGGCAAGCGUCUCCAAGACAUUGGAGUCGAGAACUCAGAUGAAAACCGUCGUCAAUACCGUCAAUUAUUGUUCUCCACUGACCCAAAAGUUUCUGAAAACAUUUCCGGUGUCAUUUUGUUCCACGAAACCUUGUACCAAAAGGCUGAUGAUGGCACUCCAUUCGUUGAAUUGUUGAAGAAGCGUGGAAUCAUUCCCGGAAUCAAGGUCGACAAAGGUGUUGUCCCAUUGAUGGGAUCAGAAGAUGAGUGCACCACCCAAGGUCUUGAUGACUUGGCUGCCCGGUGUGCCCAAUACAAAAAGGAUGGUUGUGAUUUCGCCAAGUGGCGUUGCGUCUUGAAAAUCGGCAAGAACACCCCCAGCUACCAAUCAAUCUUGGAGAACGCUAACGUUUUGGCUCGCUACGCUUCCAUCUGCCAAUCGCAACGCAUUGUCCCAAUCGUUGAACCUGAAGUUCUCCCCGAUGGUGACCAUGAUUUGGAACGCGCCCAGAAAGUCACCGAGACCGUUUUGGCUGCAUGCUACAAAGCUUUGAACGAUCACCACGUCUUCUUGGAAGGUACAUUGUUGAAGCCAAACAUGGUUACCGCUGGUCAAUCAUGCACCAAGAAAUACACACCUGACCAGGUUGCUCUUGCUACUGUAACAGCUCUCCGCAGAACUGUUCCAUCUGCAGUUCCCGGAAUCACCUUCUUGUCUGGUGGUCAAUCUGAAGAAGAGGCUUCUGUUCACUUGAACGCCAUCAACAAUGUGCCAUUGUUGAAGCCAUGGGCACUCACCUUCUCAUACGGUCGUGCCCUCCAAGCAUCCGUACUCCGUGCCUGGGCCGGUAAGAAGGAAAAUAUCGGCGCUGGCCAAACUGAACUUUUGAAACGCGCUAAGGCCAAUUCACUGGCUUGUCAAGGUAAAUACCAAGCUGGAUCGAUGUCUUCGGCUGCUGGCAAUGCCACAGCUUUCGGUAACGGAGAAGCAGCAACUGGCAAAUAUGUUGCUGGCAGUGUAGUCGGUGCUGGCGCUGAUGCAGCUUUGUUCGUUGCCAACCACGCCUACUAAAUGCGUUAUCUACCUUUAACAACAAACAAUUAAAAAAACAAGAAAAGGCGUUUUCAAAAUAAAAUGAUUUUUAUUAUUGUGGAAAAAUAUAUAGUUAUAAGCAUCAACAAAAAAAUAAUAAAAUAAAUCAACCAAAAAAAAAACAAAAAAAAAAUCUAUCAAUAAAAAGCACAAUGGAGAUUCAAAACCCUAAAAAAAUCAAAAAAAAAAAAACUAAUCCCUUCCCACCUAAAUAACUAACAACUAAUAAAAUAAAUAUGUCGCGUUUUUUU